CCAAUACGAUAGAUGGCAAGGAGGUAUAGGGAUAGUGUAGCUAAAUACAAUAUCAAACAUCUCGCUAGACGCUCUGAUACGCGUUUUCUUCCCGUUAAUCGAAUACUUACUUAUUCAUGUUUGUACACUAAAUAUAUGACAUAGCUUUAAAACGAGUUUAUCGGCUAGUUAAACGUGCCAGUAGAUAGAUAAAAAGUAAUGCUUGGACUAUAAUAACUAACAUUUUUCAGUGUUAAAAAGAAAUUCCAAAAUGGCGGCCGUGCGAAAACUAAAAUUUUGUUUUACGGGAUGUCUUGUGGCGCUUAUCAUUUGCGAACUUUUGGGGUAUGCCGACAGCAACGACGACGCAAAACGCUUGUAUCACGAUCUACUGAUUCAGAACAAGUACAAUAAACUGAUUCGUCCCAUCGGAAACAACACAAACAAACCGCUCACGGUGAAGAUGGGAAUUCGGCUGUCACAAAUCAUCGACGUCGAUGAGUUGAACCAGGUGAUGACGACCAAUGUGUGGCUGAGACAGGAGUGGAGAGAUAUCAGUCUGCAGUGGGAUCCGGAGGAAUAUGGAACAAUCAAACAACUCGAGCUGCCUUCCAAAAACAUAUGGCUGCCUGAUAUUGUCCUCUUCAACAAUGCCGAUGGAAAUUACGAAGUUACUCUCAUGACAAAAGCAACUGUCGAUUACCAAGGAUGCGUUGUGUGGGAGCCGCCGGCGAUUUACAAAAGCUCGUGUACCAUAGAGGUCGAGUUCUUCCCGUUUGACAUUCAACUUUGCUCCAUGCGGUUUGCCUCAUGGACUUAUGAUGGCAAUCAAGUGGACCUCAUUCACGAAUGCUCUACCAACCCGAAAGCAAGAGAGGUCAUAUUCAAUGGUAUCGAUCUCCGUGACUUUUACGAAUCCGGUGAAUGGGACAUUCUCGAGGUCACUGCAGAAAAGAAUGUGAAUAAUAACACCGAAUAUCCAGACAUAACAUACAAUGUGACAAUGAGGCGCAAAACCUUGUUUCACACCGUUAAUCUUAUCAUCCCCUCUGUUGCAAUAUCCUGCCUGACCAUUCUUGUAUUUUACCUUCCCUCAGACAGCUGCGAAAAGAUUACUUUGUGCAUCUCUAUUUUGCUCUCACUUAAUUUCUUUUUCCUGCUUUUGGCAGAGAUCAUACCUCCAACGUCAAUUGUCGUUCCGCUGAUCGGCAAGUACCUGCUGUUUACAAUGAUUUUAAUCACGUUAUCAAUUAUUGUGACUGUCAUAACACUGAACGUCCACUUCCGGUCGCCUUCUACUCACACGAUGGCACCUUGGGUGAGACGCGUCUUCCUAAACAUUUUGCCAAAGAUGUUGUUAAUGCGACGUCCAAACUUAGAGCUCGAAAAGGUCGCCCGAACCAUAGUGCGGACUCGGAAUGGAAUGGAGAUGCGAGAUCAGUACCUAAAUAGGCAUGAUCUAGACAACUACGAGACGUUACGUCUGACGGCGCAUGAGGAUCUAGAUUCAGAGAGCAGCGUAUUAUCAGAGGAAGUUCAGGAGGCAAUUGACAGCAUUGUGUUCAUUGCUGAACACCUCAAGAAGGGCGACCAUACAGCUUCGAUUCGUGAAGACUGGAAGUAUGUUGCAAUGGUUUUGGACAGGUUAUUCUUGUGGAUAUUCACAGUGGCUUGUUUAGUGGGAACGUUUGGCAUAAUCUUUCAAGCACCAACGCUGUAUGACAACCGACAACGUAUGACCCCGGUUGAUAGCUCCUACAAAUGCCUACCACCACAUGACCAAGGAUUAUUUUCGGCUAGUAAGUCCGAAAACUCAUUUUGCUUUUCGUCAAGGAAUCUGUAAAGGCGCCGACGGAGAUUUUGAAAUCCAACUUCUAACAAAGGCGACCAUCAUGUAUACCGGCCUCAUCAUUUGGGAGCCACCAGCUAUUUACAAAAGCGCUUGUAUCAUGGAUGUCGAAUUUUUCCCUUUUGACGUACAAAAC